UAAGGUAGGUAUCGUCUGAUUCCCCUUUCCCACAUCUGAAUAACCUGAACCGAAUCUCCUUAAAAUCGCACUCUCGUUUUUACCCUAGUUUGCAAUUUUUUCGACAUUUUUAUUCUGCAAAUUCUAAACAAACGCUCGCGCGCUCCUUUCGCAGAAGUACAAAAAAAGUAAAAAAAAAAAAAAUGCAGACACAGAACCACUUCCCGCAAUCUUUUCCCCGUCCUUCCCCUCUACGGGCGCGAUCAACGAAAUCCGAGAGAUAAAAUUGGGUAGAAUGAGAAAACUGGACACAAAAAGCUGUGCGCUUUUUCGACUUCGGAAGAUGUAGAGAUAUAAGAAAAUUUUAUAUAUACGGAAACUCUGGGGUAUCUUCUCGCACGCGGAUAAGAGCACGCAAGUCGGUGGCAGGUGAGAGAGGAAGGUGCGAGUGUAGAACAGAGAGAAGGAUUCAGGCAGUCCAACUCGUUCGCAAAGUUGGCCCGAGUCAAGUACACUAAACAAAAAACAUGGACGCCGUGGAAGUAAAUACAUCAGAUCCACCGCAGACGAAGGACGCGUCCCGGAUGAAGUUGUGUCGCGUGUGUCUGAUCGACAAUCUGAUGACGCGCGAUCUCUUUUUCGAGGGCGACGUCGGAUCUCUGUCGACGAAGGCGAUGAGUUUCGCCAACGUUAAGAUAUUACCGGGUGACGGUCUCCCAGCACAGGUUUGUUGUGUAUGUGCGGAAAAGUUGGAGUCUGCGUAUGAGUUUAAGUUACAAGUGGAACAAGCCGACAGUGUUCUUAGGGAGAAAUUGAUUGGAGGUAUAAUGAAAGAGGAAUUAUUUCUUAACGAAGUUGAGAUACACUUGGAUUCUGAAAGAUCGGAUGAUUUGGAAGAGAUAGGUACCGGUGCCGAUUACGAGCACGCUACCACAGUUCUGACAGAAGAAGAAUCGGAUACGGAUAGGAAUUUUAUAAAAGACAAUUUAAUUAUCUUGGAAACCGAAAAAUUAUCGGAGGGACUGUCGCAAAAUGCAGCAGAACAAGAUGAUACGCAAAAGAUCAUGCAGGAAGUUAAUCGACGUACAGAAGAGUUGCAGCAAGAAUUAACUGACAUAGAAGCUAGUAAUAUAUCGAGUAAUAUCAAGGAAUCAUUGAAUCAAAAUCUUUCCGAAGUGGUGGUUGAAAACACCACUUCAGACUGUGUGGACAUGAUCCCGGCAGAAGAGCAUGAUUAUGUACAACAGUGUGUAUUAUCAACCGAACAACUUCAUUCUGUGCAAGAGAAAACUGAGAUAAAUAAGCUAGAAAAUGAGAAGUACAAAAUGGAGUGUCAAGAAAUGCCGUUUGAGCAGAAUCAAGAAGAGAACCAAGUUCAGCCUGAGGAGAACGAAGAAAUUCAAGAGGUUCACAAUCAAAUCGUGCACAAUGAAAGUAGCGAAGUCGCGUCUUUCAUAGAGGAAUCUCUAGCGGAAGCAAUUUCCAAAAAAGAAUCUCGUAAGAAAGAAUCUUCGAAAUCUUUCAAGAAAGAGUGUUCUAAAGCGGAAUCCUUGACAGAAGAGAUGACACAGACCGACACUAAUGAGUCGGCUGUGCAAGAUUCACCUCAAAACGAAACCAGAAGGAGUAAGCGCAGGUUGGCUCGUCGAACGUUCGCCGAACGGGACUCGGAUGAGGAGAACUACUUCGAAAACCUGAAUCUUAGUUCCCGACUCAAAAGAGCGAAAACAACGGAUAAGGCGGAGAAGAUUGUCUUCAUGUGUUACUUGUGCGACAAAGAGUUUUUGUCAAAGAACAUUUUGAAGGAACACAUGCAUUCUCAUGAGGAAGUUAGAAAAACUUUGUCGCUGAAGACGCCGGAGAAGGUGCAAGCCAGUGUCUCUUCUCCCGCGAAAACGCCUUCGUCCGGAAAGAAAGCCAACAAGUGUCCUUAUUGCGGUAAAGAAUAUCUUUACAUAAUCUCGUUUACUAAGCACAUCAAACAGCACGAGCGAGAACGGGAGGAGACGAAGGACGAAUCGAUGCCGCUUGAGGUGUCGUUCCACGAGGACGAGAACAGUCUAGACCUCGAUAACGCCAACAAUUCAUCGGACAGGGAGUGCAGAAAACGACCGAGAAGAGGAAACACAGGCGAGGGAUACAACGAUGAAACGAUGAGCGAGGACGAUCAGGAAAAGAGAAGAAAGCGUAGCCGCGUUGAGGAAUUUACGUGCGACAAAUGUCCGGAAAAAUUCAGCGCGAAGCAAGAAUUGGACAAGCAUUUGCUCGAGACGCACGUUAGCUACAAGUGCAACGAGUGCAAGGAGGAAUACGAUACUCUGAAGGAACUGCGGGAUCAUCGAGGCAAGCAUGUGAUGGAGGGCGUGCUCACUGAACAGGAUUUGGAGGAAGAUAUGAAACAAAUGACGACCAAGAGCGCCGAGAACAACGACGAGGGCAACGAGGAGAUCGAAAAGGAAAACGAGGAUCAGAAAAACGACGAGACUGUGAAGAGCGCAAAAGAACUGAAGUGUCCCAAAUGUCCAAUGUUAUUCGCGCGCAAAAAAAUACUGGCCAGACAUCUGGAGACGUCGCAUUCCGUAACCGGCAAGUACGAGUGCAAACUGUGCAUGCAAAAGUUUUCGCGAAAGGAUCUUCUUCGCUGGCACAUCGAGCAGCAUGCGCGAUCAGCACGCGGGACCUUCAAAUGCACUCAGUGUAACAAGAUGUUCGGCAACGAGCUCACUCUGAGAAAUCAUCUGAUCGCCACGAGCCACAAAACGUUCCUUCACGGUCAAGAAUACGACACGAACAAGCGUAUUAAACGUGUGGCCGCGAAAGCGGCUCAGAAGAUCAUCGACAAGAUUAAGACGGAGGACGGCUUGGAGGAUUACGACUCCAAUAACGAUAAUACCGAGUACGAUGCCAAGAUGGAGAGACAUUAUCAUCGUAAAAGCGAUGUGUCGCCGAAGAAGUACAAUUAUAAAAAGGAUCUGGAGUGCGCUACGUGUAGCAAGAGGUACAGUUCGAAGCAGGCUCUGAUGAAGCACAUGGAACAACAGCACGUGAAAAACGAGAAGGCGACGGAACAAGCAACAGAAAAAGCAACUGACAAGUCGAAAAAGGCCACGCCGGAGAAGAAAGAGACGCAGAAUUUGACGAGCGAUAACGGCGACGACGACAACGAUUCCGACUUCGAAAGCGGUUUGGAGUGGCCGAUGGAUAGUCACGAGUGCACCACGUGCAAGAAACGUUACAGCACGAAAAAGUCGCUGAUGCGGCACCAAUUGCUGCACGAAGAACCGAACUUUGAGUGCGACAUCUGCAAUAUCAAGUUUUAUCGCAAAGACAAACUGAAGGCGCACUACGACAAGUGCUCGGAGAAGAAUCCCGAUCAGGUGAGAAAGUGCAAUAUCUGCGGCGACAGCUUCGAAAACAACGAGUUGCUGCGCGAGCAUAGAACGAAUCACGUUACCGAAGGUAUACUGACGGAAGAGGAUUUGAGAGACAUCGAACCGAAACCCGAGGAGAAGAAACCGGGCGAAAAGGUCGGCCGUAAGAGGAGGACUGAUAUUGUGGGUCUCGAGUGUACCGAAUGCAAUAAGCAAUACACCUCUAGAAAGGGUUUACUGCGGCACAUACAAGUGCACGAGGGCAAGAAGUACCUGUGCGACAUAUGCCCGAAGAAGUUUUACCGACGAGAACAUCUGAAAAUCCAUGUGGCCAAGCACAACAUGGUCAAGCCGUACAAGUGUCCACGCUGCACCAAGCGCUUUAUCAAGGAAGACCAGCUCAACACUCAUCUGUCGAAGCACGAUCGCACGUUCAAGAAGAACAAAGAGCCCGACAGUACCAAGAGAUUUCUCUGCGAGAUCUGCAGCAAGAGCUUCACGCAAUCGACAACGCUGAUUGCGCAUCUGCGCGCUCACAAGGGCAUCAAACCGUACGUGUGCGAAGUGUGUUCCAGGCCUUUCACCACCAAUGCCUAUCUGAAGAUGCACAUGCGCACGCACACGCAGGAACGGCCGUACAUAUGUCAAUAUUGUUCGCGAGCUUUCGCACGAGCCGAUACCUUGGCGAAUCACUUGACCUCGCACACCGGCGAGGCCAAGUAUCACUGCAAGUGUUGCCCAAAGAACUUCCGGCGACUUAAGUCGCUGAAGGAGCACAUGUUCAUUCACACGGGUCAGCGACCUUAUGAAUGUCCGACGUGUGACAGAAAGUUUAACAAUAAUGGCAGUCGUUACGCUCAUAGCAAGCGCUGCAAACAGAAUCUUCUUCAGAAUCAAAACCGUGCACAACAAAUGAUGCAACAACAAACACAGGUUAUACAACAGCAGCAGCAGCAGCAACAACAACCACAACAGCAGCAUCAACAAGAACAAGUGCAACAAGUGCAACAACAAGUUCAAGUGCAGAUUCAACAGCCGCAACCACAACCGGUCAGAUUGCAUCAAACUACGAUCGGUCAGGCGCAACUGGUCAAGGCGCAGAACAUCAAGACGAUUGCGAUAACGAGAACGGCCGAUACGACGCAACAGGUGAUGCAGCAUCAGGAGAUAUUAAUGCCUCUGAUUUUGCCACUCACCGUCACACUAGCUGACGUAGGUGAAGAAGUGAUACUACCCGAAGGUACAAAAAUCUUCACCACUUCCUAAUAGAACCGUAAGUUCUCCGCGCUCGAUUAGAAAUUAAAUAAGUGAGAAAUUCGUCUCACACAAACAAACACUGGACAUAUUUUACAUUUGAAGGAUACGAGGGAAGUGAGAGAGAAAACUAACAUGUUCUCGCGCGGCGUACGCGAUUCUUCUCAUGUAACUCUCCCGUCUUCUUACAAUUUACACUUACAGGAAAGUAAAGGUAAAAAAAAAAAACCAUUUCCGUUCGCGGAAAAGUCUGAUUGAUAUUAUCGCAAUUGUCGGAAGACAAUUCUCUGGACGAAGAGGAGAGAGAUGACGCCUCCGCUUAGCUGUAUUGUUAAACAACGUGAUAUCUGUGUAUGUGUGUGUCUACAAAUCUCACACACAAAUAUCCGUUACGAUUUUAUGUGCGAAACGUCGUAUCGAAGUUUAUUUUUGCAAUGACGAAGAGAAGUGUGUAUGUAUAAUUUGAUUAGAAAAAAAAUUGUAGACGUACUUUUCCAUAUAAUACGCAUUACCACAGGUACGAACAUAUGUAGAACGAGCAUCAUUGAAGCAAAGCAUUAUUAACGGAUAAACAAGCAAGAUUGACAUUUCUAUAUCACGUACGUGUGUAACAUAGGCGGAUUUUCUUUAAGUAACAUAACACACGAAUAUAAGGCAAUAGCUUAAAUACUUAAAAAAAAAAAAAAAAAAAAAAAAAAAA